CAAACACUGGCCUGUCACGGUGAAUUUGCUGUUUGAUGAUCGGGUGGGUCAGGUCUGCAGCUCUACAAAGACGUGCAAUCCUCCCGAUGACCGUCUAGAUUAAAUGCACAUAAGGAGCACAAGUUGAAGUCAUCCCAGAAGGACAAGGUUCGGCAGUUCAUGUCCUUCACACAGGCCGGGGAGAGGACAGCCGUGUACUGCCUGACACAGAAUGACUGGAAACUAGAAGUCGCCACAGACAACUACUUCCAGAAUCCAGACCUCUACUACAAAGAAUCCAUGAAAACCUCAGUGGACCGCAAGAAGCUGGAGCAGCUCUACAACAGAUACAAAGACCCCCAGGAUGAGAACAAGAUAGGCAUUGACGGGAUCCAGCAGUUCUGCGAUGACCUGACGCUGGACCCGGCUAGCAUGAGCAUACUUGUAGUGGCAUGGAAGUUCAGAGCGGCCACGCAGUGCGAGUUCAGCAGGAAAGAGUUCCUGGAUGGCAUGGCUGAGCUCGGCUGUGACAGUCCUGAGAAACUCAAGGCGAUCCUCCCCAGACUCGAGCAGGACCUGAAAGACACGGGGAAGUUCAAAGACUUUUACCAGUUUACCUUCAAUUUUGCCAAGAACCCCGGUCAGAAAGGUUUAGACCUCGAGAUGGCUGUUGCUUACUGGAAUCUAGUUCUCACAGGUCGCUUCAAGUUUUUGGAUCUCUGGAACUGUUUUCUGCUGGAGCAUCACAAGCGCUCAAUUCCCAAGGACACGUGGAACCUCCUCCUGGACUUCGGCAAUAUGAUCGCAGACGACAUGUCAAACUACGAUGAGGAAGGGGCGUGGCCUGUCCUCAUAGAUGACUUUGUGGAGUUUGCUCGGCCGAUUGUGACGAGUAAGCGCAGCAUGACAUAGUGUUUGUCCCGGCUUCAUGCAGCGAAUGGAGUUUGUAGUUCUCCCAAUUUUCUUCUUUUUUUUUGAAUGAGGAUUUUUAUACAAAUGAGCCAAAAAGAGAGAACUUCUCAAUAAGCCUGUCUGCAGCUUGUCGUUAAAGAUUGUUCUUCCAACUGCAUCAGAUGCCUUGACUGACUGUGGAGCGACCUGGAACACCAGCUCAGAGAGGAAAGCAGGAGGGGAAUCAACAGGAGAGAGAUUAUGUUGGUUUUUUUCAGUUUUUUUUGUUUUUUGUUUUGGCAAGGACAGACUUUGUAAUUGCAAUAUGGAAAUCAUGGGUGCCCUAAAACUCGUCACUCAUGGGCAAAUCACCAAUGGGUGUGGCUUCAAGCCGCUGCGGACUCGGCUCACUAAUCUGCACCCUCGGCGCAGCGAGGACGGACGGCAGCGGUGAACUUUCAGCACACGCAGAGGAUUAAGUUAUAGAUGCAGUAGGACGUGGCCUCUUACAUUAUCAAUUGUGAAUGGAACAGUAUGUUAAAAUCUGCAUGUAUUCGUCAGCUAGCGUGAAGCAGUGCCAUGGACGUGGAGGAGGGGUGUAAAGUACUAGUAGAUUAUUUUCACUGAGAAUGUGUCGCUCUCUAACAAUCACACUGAGAGCGGAGAGAAAGUGUGCUUGCUCUUCGUAUGUUUGUAAGUGUGUGUGUGUGUGUGUGUGUGUGUGUUUGGGGGGGGUUAAACAUAUUGCCUCUUUUACAAUGCUAAAUGUUUUCAUUUGGUUUUUUUAUCAUUAGAAGUUAAGAAAUAUGAUUCACCUUAAUGUAGGGCUGGGUAUUGAUACUCAAUACCUUAAAGGUAGAGCUCGACCGAGGUGGGAUAUUUGUGUUCAAUACUGAUUUUAAAAGGUAAAAAUUCACAGAUUACCAAUAUGGCCGCCAAUAUAUUUCUUUCUUUUUUCUUUUUCUUUUUUUUAAGCUAAAAUAAAAAUCGACCUUUUUAUGUGGAUUUUGCACCAAAGUUAACACAAAGGUAUGCAAAAGGAUAAUUUCUUAAACAAAUACAUUUAUAAAAAAAUUCAACAUUAUUAUACAUUAUGCAUACAAUGUAUUAUGUUACAAAUACAAAUUCUAGAAAAUAAAGAAUAAAUUAAAAAUUAAAUAUGUAGCUAUAUGACACCAUUUCUAAAUCAUCCCAAGCAUCUGCAUUAUCUUUUCUGUAAUAACAGUUUCACACCAUUGGACAACAUAUACUGAUAGAUAAUAAUAAUAAUACAUUGUAUUUAUAGAGCGCUUUACAUGGUACUCAAAGACGCUUUACAGUUAAAACACAGUGAAAAAGGCAUUUAUAAUUAAAAACAAACAAUCGAAAUCAACAUACCUAUACAUAUAGAUACCUAUAUAUGUCUGUAACAGGCCAUUAAUUAGUGUAUAAUAUUUACCAUCUGUAGUAUUGGUCGGGCUCUACUUCAAGGUGUCGACUGAAAUAACCCAGUACUAUGAAGCUUCUCUAGUCCAACGACACCUGCAAUUGAUCCUUUUUGUACCAAAAACUUGAAAAAAAUAACUAUUUGUAUGGUUUUGCUCACAGCAAAUUACUGCGAGCGUUCUUCAGUUGAAUGUGAUGUGUGAUUGGCCCACUACCGCAACAACCCGUACAGUCUGUGGUGUGGUCUGAGUGUGCUGAGUUGCUAGCUCAGUGUGUAAUGUAUCUGUGUAAAAAUCAAAAUGAGCACUCACUUUAAGGGUACUGGUAUAGUUUUGUUUUUUUAAACCAUACCCAGCCCUACUUUAACCGAACGACAGUGAAAAAGUUAAGAUCCACAUUUUGAGAAUUGGAAAGAGCGGCAUGCUUUUUUAAGCUCAGCACCAGCAGAAUCACUGUUAUUAUGGUUGUUAAACCCAUAGGAAUAAGAAUAGAUUUAACUUUAGAGGAACAAAAAUGUAUAUCUGAGAACACAGGUCAUGACAUUUAUAAUCACAACAACAAUUUAGGAUCCUCAUUUUGAAAAUGCUAUUGCAUUACAUACUUAGUUGACUUUAGUUUUGCAGUGUGUGAACUGCUGUACACGAAGAGAAACUGACUGGCACAUUGACUGUUUUUUAUUAUCCAGGUGAUUUGCCAACUCUGCAAACUGCACUGAUUUACACUUUUUCUGUUGUCGUAGGUUUUUCUUUAUCAGGCUGCACUGUAUAAGGAUAAAGAGCUACUCAGUUUACUUGACAGUAGGUUCACUUACACACUA